AUGGCGGAGAAGACGGAAGUCGAAGCUGUUGCUGCUGUGGCAGCUCCAGAGAUUGCGCCAGAGGCCUCUGAGGAGGUCACUGACAAGACUGAAAAGAAGGAGGAGGAAACAAAAGCUGAAAUUCCAGUCGCAGAAACCGCGCCUGAAUCGGUCGCGACUGAGGAAAGGAAACUGAUCGCGCCUUGUAUGUUCUGUUUUCUUGUCUUAUCUAUACUUGCUCAAUUAUCUAUUGCUUCUUACUGACCUAUUCUAUUGUCGCAGCUCCAAAGAAGGAAGAAACCAAUGGCGAUAACAAAAUUAAAGCUGACGACGUCACCCAAGACGAUUCGACCGACCCUAAGCCAGAAAACGAGCCUACAGAAGCUGAUGACAAGGAGACAACAAACACAACUGGGGUAGCUCCAUCUACAGAAGAAUCUCUUGAAGCUCCUGUCGCCCCAGCUGCUUCAACUCCACCUGCAGCCAAGGGUAAAGGAAAGCGGAAGUCUAUAGGUGUCCCAGAGCAUAAGGGAAAGAAGUUAAACAAAAAGGCCUCCAAGGCGAAGCUUCCUUCAUGGGAGCCAAAUCCUGAUGCUCAACCUGGUGACCAUGUCUUCAUCCACCUUAAAGGAUACCCGGACUGGCCUGGAAUUAUUUGCGACGAGGAUAUGUUACCAUCAAGCCUGUUGAAGGCGCAGCGACCUCAAGGCGCUGCUUUACCAGACGGCUCAUGGCGACCUGGCUAUGAGGAAGGAGGACCAAAGCACAAGCAACGAGCCUUCCCAGUUAUGUACCUGGAGACGAAUGAAUUGUAAGUUAUACUGUAACAUAUAAUCCUUGUUACGCCUAUUAAUUGUGGAUUCUACAGUUCUUGGAUGUCAAACAAAGCCCUCGAGCCAUUGACCGUGGAAGCCGUUGCAGGCGAACCUGAAAAAAAGAAAGACAAAAAUCUUCCUGGCGCCUAUGCUCUUGCCCGCGAGCAGCACGAUUUGCAGUACUACAAAGACAUUUUGAGAAAGUGGCAAGAGGAGAAGGCUGAGGAGGAGGCACGUAAGCAGGCUGCCCUUGAAGCUGCUGCCGAGGCCAAGCUUGAAAAAUCCGCAAAGAAGACCAAGAAGCCUCGCAUCUCUUCUGCCAAAGUUGUUGAUGACGAAGAUGUUGAGAUGCCAGAUGCCAAUGGAGACAUGGAUUCUGAGGAAGCUGCCAUCGCCCCUACCCCCAAGACUAACACUAAGAAGCGCAAGAUUCCCGAUGAAGAGUCAGAGGUAAUAAAGCACUUCCCCAUGAUCUCCAACAACGCUGAUUUGUAUUCCAGACACCCCAACGUGCCGAAUCCGCAAAGAAGGCUAAGCCCACCAAGAUCAAGUUGAACACAAACGGUGCUUCAAGUACACCAAAGUCGGCAGCAAAGGGAUCUGGUAUUACCAAGACACCCAAAUCAAAGACAAAGAAGGCCUCUAAAGCACAGAAAAACGAAGCUACUGAGCCUGAAGUUGUCCUUACUGCUGAAGAAAAGCAUGUCAACAAGCAGGUAGGUCAGACACUUAUCCAUUCGAUUAGAAUCUGUAUGUCUAACAGACUUCUAGAAGGAAAUUUUGUUCUUGCGACAUAAGCUCCAAAAGGGGUUGCUUACUCGUGAUCAAGAACCUAAGGAGGAAGAAAUGAAGCAGAUGUCCGAAUUUGUUACCAAGCUCGAAGGAUAUUCUGACUUGGAGGUCAGCAUCAUUAGGGGCACAAAAAUCAAUAAGGUCUUGAAGGCCAUCUUGAAGCUCACCACCAUUCCUAAGGAGGAGGAAUUCAAGUUCAAACAACGUUCGCAGUCCCUGCUUGACAAGUGGAAUAAACUUCUUGCUAGUGAUCAAGGCACCCCAGUUGCUUCAACCAAUGGUGCUUCGGAACGCAAAUAUGGCAAUGGUGUAAAGGCGGCUAAAUCUGAAGCACCCAACGGUGUGAACGACAAGGCAGACGAGCCCAAUGCUGAAGAGAAGGUUUCUGUUGAAGCUUCACCUGCUACAGAGGCCAAGGACGAGACUAUGGAAGAUGCUGUUGAGGAGCCAGCAAAGGUAUGCAUUCAUGUUUCCUCGCUGAUCAAGUUUUCUGGAUAAUAAUUCAAGUCUCAGAUCCCCGAGCCUGCAGCGGUCGAAACCACGGCAUAACUUUUCAGCCUAUUUUGUUCAACAACAUUCACGGUCAAGAUCUGUCGACAUGGUUUAUUGAUGCCUACACCACUUUUGCUGGUACUACCUCCUUUUCUGGCGUCAUGCUCGAGGGAUGGGAGUAAUCAGCGAACGAUAAUGGUCUGUCUGCGAGAAUUGCUUUGCAAUUCCGUAUGUAACACUAAGCAAGACGGAGUUCCAUCUCCCCAGUUGAGGCUUCCCAAUCAGUGUAAAAAUGCUAUGUUUUCUCUUUUCUCAGGUUUUCUUCAGAUUGCGCUUCGAGGAUGUAUGGUGGGUUUUGGGGAGAAAAUGGUCUCUUUUUAUUGGCGGGGUGCAUGAAUUUGUUUUCGUCGUUCUGGCUGGUAUGAGGAUACUGAUGUGAGGGGGGAAGACUACACGAAGCGUACCAUGGCAAUGAAUACUUUCCGAACAAGCGCAAUGGGCUUUGGUUAGCUCUAUGAAGUUGUCAAUAUCAACCAAUAAUUCAAAAAAAC